AUGCCGGCUGUUCGCAGUCUCUUCAAACUGGGGAGGAGGGCGUCCACCGUCUGCGCGUUCUACUGCCCGUCGAAGAAUAGCGUUGGGUUGAACGCCGUUUCUACACAGACUCUCUUAACGCGGGAAGUCCCUUCAGUCGCACCCCCUCCCCUGCCGUUCCAACAGCCUCGUCUGUGUCGGGAUGUGCCGGCGGACGAGUCAAGCGGCGUGAAACGCGACUCGGUUAGGAAAACUGGUUACGCAUUCCAAUCACAAGCGUGGCGUUCAAAAUACUUCCCUCCGCCUCAGUCAGGUGGAACUGCCUCAGAGCGCGGUGGAAUUGCCUACCGUCGACCUGAAGCCCAACGCCUACGCGAGACGGGGAACCAGACCUCACAAUCGCAGGGCGGUUUGCGAGGUGGGUCGAAGUUAAGCGAAGAGAACGAAGUAGACAUCGCGUGCCGAAUGGGAAAGACGUAUGCCAGAAGAUGUAGACAAUUUUUUUUAGACGCUUCCUCAGCAGACACCACUGGAGCUGUCUGUUCCAGUGGUAAGGCCCGACGUCCGGAAAACCCAAAUUCUAGUUGCUCGAAAAUCGAAGGCAGGAGUGAGCAAAGCUGUCCGCGGAACUUUCUGACAUCUUGGCUUCGAACGCUCAUCUGGGACAAGGGCCAGGUGAAGAUCCCACCAAUUGCAAUGCAGGGCUACGGCCUGCCGAACAAGCUGGUUCUCCCGCAUCAGAAGGAGUUCAACAACAAACUGCCCAAGUUUAAAGGAAAGAUUAACCAGCUGAAGGCAACCAGGAUCUGGUUUCAGGACUAG